UGACAUUCAAUUGCCAUUGAGCCAGUUGCUUGCGAGUUUUUUGGGGUGUUUUUUUGCCCAAAUAAUUUCACCAUGGCAAACCUGACUCUUAAAGCUGUGGCUAUUUUUCUCCUGUGCUCUUACUCCUCUGUGCGGUUCUUAGUUCCCCUGAUCAGUCAGGAACUCCUCUCCAGAUGCCUCGGGAGCGUCAUCUUUGUCGUCGCCUCGUACCUCAUCGCCGCCAGGGUGACGAGCGGGGGCAAGAUCGCCAGCACGCGGGGCAAAUCCGUGCUGAUCACCGGCUGCGAUACCGGGAUGGGUAACGCUCUGGCCAGGCGGCUGGACGGGCUUGGGUUCCGGGUGUUCGCUGGGUGUUUGUCUGAGCACGGGGAGGGGGCGGCAGGGCUCAGGCAGGGCUGCUCAGAGAAACUGACGGUUAUCCAGUUGGACGUGACCAGCGACAAGGAGGUCAAAGAGGCUGUCUCUCUUGUGGAGGCAACAUUGGCCAAAUCGGGAGAUGUUUUAUGGGGAGUGGUGAACAACGCGGGCGUGGCAGUGUUCGGAGUAGUCGAAUGGAUCUCCAUGGACGCAUUUCAGAAGGUGAUGGACAUCAAUGUAUGGGGCAUGGUCCGGGUGACCAAGGCGUUCCUGCCUCUUAUACGUAAAAGCAAAGGUCGGAUUGUGAACAUGAGCAGCGUGCUGGGCCGAUUCAGCUCGCCGUACUGUGCGGCCUACUGCAUGACCAAGUACGCCGUGCAGUCUUUCACCGACGUGCUGCGCAUUGAGAUGUUCCAGUGGGGCGUCAAGGCUGUCAUCGUGGAACCUGGAACCUUCUCGGCAGGAAGUUCUGCUAUGCUUAAAGAGGACACCCUCACCAGCGGGAUGGACAGCGUCUGGAACUCCACCCCUAUGGAGGUCCGACAGGCGUACGGCGAGGACCACUUCCAGAGUGUCAAGACGGCCCUGAUCAUGCCCAUCUUGAAGACGACCCACAGCAGUAUCGUCCCAGUGAUUAAGGCCUACACCAGCGCCCUCACCGACGAAAACCCCAACGAUAGAUAUUUCCCGUCCAAUGUCCUGUGCAAGUGCAUCGCCUGGGCUAACUACUACCUGCCGGCCGCCGUCAUGGACUGUGGCCUCAAUCUGUACCUCUACCUGCUCCUUGCAAAACUGCAAGGGCUGAAAGUCAAUUAACGAUCAGUUGACAACAUUUAUUGUUUAGAACUUCAAAAUUGACAAUUGUUUGCCCCAAUGAUACUUCCGCCUAUCGCCCAUAUUAACCCAUGCCUAUCCGUAUAUAAUGAGGCCCCGACGUGCACGGCUGUUGAUAUGAUUGACAUUGGACAAAUUGCGCACUGUAUUGCGGAAUGUAUAAAGCUACAUUAGAAUGUCAUAAAUCAUAUGAAUUAUACGUUUCCUUUAACUUCUUUUUAAAAGAGAUUAGCAACCAAUUAAUAAAUGAGUGGAACAAAACAAAUGAUCCGACUCGGGGCAAAAUCU